GAGAUCUGAAUAUUUGAGAGAGCAAACCGUGAGAGAAGGGAGAAAUAAGAAGAAGAAGAGAAAAGAGGGGAAAAUAAGGGAAAAAGGAAAGGAGUUGGAGGAAAUAAGUAAAAAGGGAUAAUCCUGAUAUUCUACCGGCAGGACGUCAGUAGGAUUUCCUUCGAUAUCAGCUUUGAGUUUUGUUGCUUUCGAGUCAGGCUUAUAGCUUGAUAGCAGGUUACUUUUGUUGAACCUUCCGAACCUGCUUUUUGGUUGUAAUUUGUACCUUCCUUUUAUGUCAAGUUAGUGCUCUAGAACUAUGAACUAUAUUAACUCUUGUAUUAACACAAUUCAAUUAUAUUAUGAAGUUGAUUUUGUUGUUAAUGCUGCGUUGAACUCUGAUUGAGUUAGGAUAAGUUUGUGUGUAAGUUUGGGUUCGCAUAGGUAUGGAACCUUGGAGGGGAACCUUGCCUAUGUGCCGGUCAUGGAUCCGGGAUUCGGGUCGUGACAAACUUGGUAUCAGAGCUUUAGGUUAAAAAAAACAAUAAUAUAAUUAAGUUUCAUAAUAAGUGGAGCAUUAGGAUCCGUGUUGUCUUAUUUGUUGUCUUUGAAAUUCUGAAUUCUCAUCAAGCAUGUCUUCUUCCUUGUGAUAGAUAUGCUUUCCUAUAAUUCUGUGAUAAUUAUCAUGCUAUUGUUCUAGCAUGACUUGAGUGCUCUCACUUUUAUUUUAGGAAAUGCCGAGGAAUAGACGAAUAGCUGAUACUAUUAGAGUAGAGGAUGAUCAGGAUGAUGUCCCUAUUGGGCGGUUGAGAACUGCAAGGCAGAGAAGGAGGCGCGGUGCACCCGUGCCUUAACAUGUUGAGGAGGUACCUCCAUCAGUGGAGGAAGAGCCUCAGGAGAUAGAAGAGGAAGAUAUAGUUGAUGAAACAGGUGUGGGGGUAGCUGACCCUGAACCUGUUACAGAGUUUCAGCAACUUAGUCAGGUUGUGCGGACCUGGAUAGAGUUUUCUAUGGAGAGAGAUAGAAGGAGGGAUAGAGAUGUACCCUCGACAUCCCAUACUGUUCAGGGAGUUAAUGUGCCGUUGAAUGACUUCAUGAAGUUGGCACCUCCUAGUUUUACUGGGAUGGAUAGUUCAGAGGAUCCUCAGAGGUUCCUAGAUGAUAUUUGGCGACGGUGUGAAGCUUUGGGAUGUACAGACCACCGAGCUGUGAGUUUGGCAUCGUUCAGGUUGGAAGGAGAUGUGGCAAUCUCUUGGUUUGAGUCUAGGAAAAGAGCAAGACCAGUAGAGGCUCAGUGGACAUGAAAGGAGUUUAGCUCCAUGUUCUUAGACAGGUUUCUCCCUCAGAGCGUCGGGGAUGCUCGACUUUAUGAGUUUGAGAGGCUAUCUCAGGGGAGCAUGACAGUGGAUGAGUAUGAUCUGAAGUUUACUCAGCUGUCUAGGUAUGCAGAACAUCUUCUACCCACUGAGGAGUGGAGGGUAAAGAGGUUUAUUAGAGGACUCAAAUCCUCUAUGUAUAUGGUGAUGGUGUCACAGGUGUUUCCAUCAUACUCCUCAGCUGUUGAUAGCGCCAGGUUGAUAGAGGCGCGAGAAUUAGAGGACAUGACUGCAGGCCAGUCUAAGAGGCCUAGAGAAGAGGGUCAGUCUUUUAGGCAACAGGGAUUAAGUGCAGGUCUGUCUAGGGGACGAAGUGGCCGUCAGGGCUCAUGGGUUCAGAGGAGGUUUAGACAGAGACCGUCAGUUAGUGGCUCAGGCGGUCAAAGUGGCAGUAGUGGCACUCAGAGUUUAGUUCAGACUGCACCUCGUAGUUCAUUUGUUUCACCUAGUGAUAGUUCUUCAUGUCAGCAUUGUGGAGGAAGUCAUACUAGUGCAGAGUGCUACAGAAGGACUGGGGCUUGUUUUAGUUGUGGCCAGAUAGGUCAUAAGAUCAGAGAGUGCCCGAGGAGACAGUUGUCAGCUUCGGGGUUAUCUGCUUCAGUCCAGCAUCCUAUUCAGGCACCAUCGACGAGCCAGUCUGUGGCUCAUGGGGGUAGAGGUUUUGGUGGCCGUGGUCAGAGAGGCCGGGGUGCAGGUGAUAGAGGUCAGAUACAGCAGGGUCAGAGGCAUGCUAGAGUUUUUGCCUUGACUCAGCAGGAUGCUCAGGCAUCCAACACAGUUGUUUCAGGUAUUCUUCCUGUUUGCUCUUUUGAAGCAAAAGUGUUGUUUGAUACGGGUGCAACUCAUUCAUUUGUGUCCCCAUAUUUUGCCAUGAGGUUAGAUAAACAACCAACUUUGUUAAAAUCCCCAAUUUCAGUCUCCACUCCCUUAGAUGAAUUAAUAUUAGUGAAGUAUGUGUAUCUGGAUUGUGAAAUAGAGAUUGGAGAUAAGAUUUUUAUGGGAGACUUAAAUGUCUUAGAUAUGGUUGAUUUUGAUGUGAUUUUGGGAAUGGAUUGGUUGGCAAAGCAUAGGGCUUCGGUAAAUUGUUGGGGUAAGAAAAUAAUAUUUGAUCUAGAUGAAGAAGUUGGGUUGGUAUUUCAAGGAGAUAAGAUUGGGUCUCCAUCAAUUAUGUUGUCGGCUAUCUCGAGGAAAAUGGCCAGAAAAGGGGUACAGUGCUACCUAGCAUAUAUAGUGGAUAUAGAGAAAGAAGUUCCUCAAUUAGACCAAGUCCCUAUAGUUAGGGAGUUUAUUGAUGUCUUUCCCGAUGACUUGCCUGGAUUGCCUCCAUAUAGAGAGAUUGAGUUUUGUAUUGAUUUGGUUCCGGGUACUGAACCGAUAUCAAUGGCACCAUAUAGUAUGGCGCCAGCAGAAUUGAAGGAGCUAAAGGAGCAACUGCAGGAUUUGUUGGAUAAAAAGUUCAUCCGACCAAGUGUGUCCCCUUGGGGAGCCCCAGUGUUGUUUGUGAAGAAGAAACAUGGGUCAUUGAGGUUGUGUAUAGAUUAUAGGCAACUGAAUCGGGUGACAGUUCGAAAUAGAUACCCACUCCCUCGCAUAGAUGAUUUGUUUGACCAGUUGCAGGGAGCUCAAUUCUUUUCUAAGAUCGAUCUUCGAUCUGGGUAUCAUCAGUUGAGGAUAAGAGAGGAGGACAUUUUGAAGACAGCUUUUAGAACUCGGUAUGGUCAUUAUGAGUUCUUAGUGAUGUCUUUUGGGUUGACAAAUGCGCCAACAGCUUUUAUGGAUUUGAUGAAUAGAGUGUUUGGCCGGUUUAUUGAUCGAUUUGUAAUAGUUUUUAUUGAUGAUAUUUUGGUGUAUUCGAGGUCUAGGGAGGAGCAUGAGCAGCACUUGAGAAUGGUGCUUCAAACUCUGCGAGAUCAUCAGUUGUAUGGCAAGUUCUCAAAGAGUGAGUUUUGGUUGGAGAGUGUAGCAUUUUUUGGGCAUGUAGUGUCAAGGAAUGGGAUUGAAGUUGAUCCUCAAAAGAUUGAAGCAGUUAAGCAGUGGCUUAGGCCUACUUCGGCGACAGAGAUUAGAAGUUUCUUAGGUUUGGUCGGCUACUAUCGGAGGUUUGUGGAGAACUUUUCUCGGAUUUCUGCACCAUUGACUAAGUUAACGCAGAAAAAUGUUAAGUUUCAGUGGUCUGAAGCUUGUGAGAAAAGUUUCUUGGAGUUGAAAGAGAGAUUGACUACAACGCCUGUUCUAGCAGUACCAUCAGGUUCUGGUGGUUACACAGUGUAUUGUGAUGCUUCGAGAGUGGGGUUAGGAUGUGUUCUAAUGCAGCAUGGCAAGGUUAUUGCCUAUGUUUCACGGCAGCUGAAGAAGCAUGAACAGAACUAUCUUACACAUGAUUUAGAGAUGGCGGCUGUAAUUUUUGCCUUGAAGAUUUAGAGACACUACUUGUAUGGUGAAACUUGUGACAUCUUCAUAGAUCACAAGAGUUUGAAAUACAUCUUUCAGCAGAGGGAUCUAAACCUGAGGCAGAGGAGAUGGAUGGAACUGCUGAAGGAUUAUGAUUGUACCAUACAUUACCACCCGGGUAAGGCAAAUGUAGUUGCCGAUGCUUUGAGUAGAAAAUCAUUAGGGAGCUUAGCUCAUAUUCAGGAGGUACGAAGACCUCUGAUUAGGGAGCUGCAUGAGUUGGUGGAUGAAGGAGUCAGAUUUGAUCUUAGUGAAGCUGGAGUAAUGAUUGCUCAUUUUCAGGUUAAGUCAGAUUUGUUUGAUAAGAUAAAAGCAGCUCAGAAGAAAGAUGAUUCACUACUCAGGAUUAGAAAUGAGGUUGAGCAGGGUAAGGCUGCAGGUUUUGUGAUAGGUGAUGAUGAUGUGCUGAGAUAUAGGGAUAGGCUUUGUGUACCUGAUGUAGAUGAUCUGAGGAGAGAAUUGAUGGUAGAGGCACAUCAGACAGUUUACACAAUGCAUUCAGGUUCCACCAAGAUGUAUAAAGACCUUAAGGUGUGUUAUUGGUGGAAUAUGAUGAAGGCUGAUGUAGCAGACUUUGUUUCUAGGUGUUUGACCUGUCAGAGGGUAAAGGGUGAACACCAGAAACCUCCUGGAUUGUUGCAACCAUUGUUGAUUCCAGAAUGGAAGUGGGAAAGGAUCACAAUGGACUUUGUGACAGGAUUGCCUAGGAGUCAGGAGGGUUAUGAUUCAAUAUGGGUGAUUGUUGACAGGUUGACAAAAUCAGCCCAUUUUCUACCAGUUAAGAUUACUUAUAGAUAUGCAAAGUUGGCGGAAUUGUUUAUUAGAAAGAUUGUACGGUUGCAUGGAGUGCCAAUCUCGAUAGUGUCUGAUAGAGGUCCACAGUUUACAUCGCGGUUUUGGGUGAAAUUCCAAAAAGCUAUGGGUACUAAAGUGCAGUUGAGUACAGCUUUUCACCCUCAGACAGAUGGUCAGUCUGAGAGGACUAUUCAGAUCCUGGAGGAUAUGUUGAGGGCUUGUGUCAUGGAUUUUGGAGUUGGUUGGAGUAAGUUCCUACCAUUAGUGGAAUUUGCUUACAACAACAGUUAUCAGGCUAGUAUAGAGAUGGCACCUUAUGAGGCUUUGUAUGGUCGGAAGUGUAGAUCACCGGUUUGUUGGUUUGAGGUUGGUGAGAAGAGGCUAAUGGGACCAGAGUUGAUUCAGAUUACCUCAGAGAAGAUAGAGGUAAUUAGAAAUAAGCUUCAAACUGCUCAGAGCAGACAAAAGAGUUACGCAGAUAAAAGAAGGCGUGACUUAGAGUUUUCAGUGGGUGAUUGUGUGUUCUUAAAAGUAUCACCGACAAAAGGAGUAUUCAGGUUUGGGAAGAAAGGCAAGUUAAGUCCUCGAUUCAUUGGACCGUAUGAGAUUCUGGAGAGAGUUGGGGCUGUUGUUUAUAGGUUAGCAUUACCACCAAACUUGUCUGCUAUUCAUCCGGUAAUUCAUGUUUCCAUGCUAAGGAAGUAUAUGUCAGAUCCAUCGCAUGUGUUAGAGGUUCAUCCCAUUGAAUUGAGAGAUGAUAUGGUUUAUGAGGUGCAACCGGAAGCUAUAGUCGACCGACAAGUGAGGAAGCUUAGGUCGAAGGAUAUAGCUUCAGUAAAAGUGAAAUGGAAAGGUCAUUCACGUGAGGAAGCGACAUGGGAGCUCGAGGAUAAGAUGCGUGAGGAGUAUCCUCAUCUUUUCGAUAAUAUCGGUAAGUAUUCAAUCUUUUCUAUUAAGUUUCGAGGACGAAACUUUUAUAAGGUGGGGAGAUUGUAAUGUUUUGAAUUAAAGGGAUAGGAAAAGGCUAGAAAGCCCUUGAAGGCUUAAGAUGUAGGAAUAAAAUAAAUGAAGGGUAUUGUAGUAAUUGUAUAAAGAGAUGAUAUAUAUAAAUAGAAAGAAGAAAAAAAAAGAAGAAGAAGAGAUCUGAAUAUUUGAGAGAGCAAACCGUGAGAGAAGGGAGAAAUAAGAAGAAGAAGAGAAAAGAGGGGAAAAUAAGGGAAAAAGGAAAGGAGUUGGAGGAAAUAAGUAAAAAGGGAUAAUCCUGAUAUUCUACCGGCAGGACGUCAGUAGGAUUUCCUUCGAUAUCAGCUUUGAGUUUUGUUGCUUUCGAGUCAGGUACGGAAAAAUAGCAUUCAAGUGUCCAUAAACAAUGAUUAUGAUGAAAAACAGAGCUAGAUCAUCACUCUAUCGUCCAGGACCUCCAUGUUCGUUUCAGCCAUAUCAAUUCUCUCAAAAGCAGGCGCAGCAGGGUAGGCAAAUGCCCCCAUCCAAUCUGCGCCAUCUGCAAUUCCACUUCGACGAUACAGAUGGAGAGCACGGGCUUCCUUCACGGGCCAAUAUCGAGUGUCGAUAUGAUAACUUAUGAUCGCCAGUUUAGUUUGAGACAUGAGACCGAAGCAAACAGGUCGAGAAUCUAGCAAGAAGUGGGGUUUUGGUUGGCUAAAUGAGAUGGGGGCAAGUUGAAACUAGUCCAAUAGCAAGGUGCCAUCUGCUCCCCAAAUUUAGCAAAUAUUGAAGAAACCCCUGAAAUCGUGCACCCACGAUUGCUACGCGCAAGGAACACCCCAGACAGGAAAAGGAAAAAGAAAAGGACGCAGUCUUUCAUCUCCCUCUCGUUGAUUGCCCGGCAUUUCAAUCAAGAUUUAGAUUUCAUUUCCUACUCUCUCUCUAUCCUGUUGGGUUGCUCUCUUGGAUUCAAUCAAAGUGAAAAGGGUUUUUUCCUGGAAUUCUAUGAGGAAGUUGUGUCCUAAUUAUGACAGGGAACAUGCACUUGACACCGUCUUGGAGGUGCCUAUACCUGAAGAGAUGUUCACAAAAAUGGGCAACAGUUCAGCUUCUCGUUGGCAAAACAUGCGCGCAUUGAUGAGAGCUCAAGCUGCUGCUGAUAAAUCAACCCAUCUCCAAUCUAAAUCAGAUAAUGAAUUUAUAGCAUUGCUUAAGCUUGUUGGCUCUCCUCUUAUCCCUUUUCAGGUGAACCCUGACCAGCCUCUCACUCGUCCUCUUAAAGAUUGUAACAUUGAAGCCUCUACCGCGAAAUACAUAGUACAACAAUAUAUAGCAGCAAUUGGAGGAUCGUUGGCACUGAAUUCAGUGAAAAGCAUGUAUGCAGUGGGGCAGGUGAAGAUGACUGCAUCAGAAAUGCACCAAGGUGAUGGCAGUGUGCACCCAGGAGGAAAGUACGAGGUUGGAGGGUUUGUGCUAUGGCAAAAAAACCCUGAUUUAUGGUACCUAGAACUAGUUGUUUCGGGUUACAAGGUCAGUGCAGGCAGUGAUGGCAAGGUUGCUUGGAACCAAUCCUCGUCUCAGGCUUCUCAUGCUAAUAGAGGUCCUCCAAGACCUUUGCGGCGGUUCUUCCAGGGAUUGGAUCCAAGGUGCCCUGCCAACUUGUUCUUAGAAGCAGUAUGCGUUGCAGAGAAGGCAGUGAACAAUGAAGACUGCUUUGUACUCAAGCUCGAGACCGAUUCAAACACCCUUAAAGCUCAAAGUUCAUCCAAUACAGAAAUCGUACACCAUACAAUAUGGGGCUACUUCAGCCAAAGAACAGGACUGCUUGUCAAAUUCGAGGACACGAAACUAGUGAAGAUGAAACCGAUUAAAGGAAAUGAUAAUGUGUUUUGGGAGACAAGUAUAGAGUCAGUGAUCGGAGAUUACAGAUACAUUGAAGGCAUCAAUAUAGCACAUAGUGGAAAGACCAUCGCAACACUUUACAGAUAUGGAGCAUCACAUAAUCAUAAGAGGAAAAUAGAGGAAACAUGGAUGAUUGAAGAAGUUGAUUUUAACAUAUGUGGGUUGUCGAUGGAUUGCUUUUUACCUCCUGCUGAUCUUAAGAGAGAACAAGAAGGUGGAGAGCUGUGACCAUACAAUUUAUUCGAGUUACGGGAACAAAAAUGUGACUCAAAGGAAAUUCCCUGUAUAUAUAGGUGAGUUGGAAGCUGAGAAGUUUUCUUAUAAAGGGUAUGAAUGUAGGAAGUGAGAAAUAUUUUUUCUUUAAAUAUACAGAACCAUUCAUUGAAAAAGAAGACGACCCAACAAAUUUAUCUCUGAAA